AUGCAGUCGAUCAUUACCUUUGCGGGCUUGGCAUUUGCCAACCUUGCUGUCGCUGGACCUUGCAAACCUCUUCCCCAGACUACUGUCUCAUCUGUAGACGUCGUUUCCACCACAUCGGCUGAACCGACCGUUGUUACCGCUACCCUUGAUCCUGUCUCUGGUGUUUCUACAAGUGCAGAGUCUUCCACUGUCUCUGAGAGUGAGACUGGAUAUGAGUCCAGCACGUAUGUUGAGAGCUCUACUCUCGCCACUGUUGUGAUUCAAGAGACUAGCUCUGUCGAGACCAGUGCUACAGAGACCACAGCUGAGACUGGUACCACUUCUGUCGAGGUUGAGACAUCUGCCACACAGACCAGUGCUGUCGAUACCACUGCUGUCGAGACAACUACCGAGGCUACUUCCGUCGAGACCACUGCUGCUGAUACCAGUGCCGCCGAAACGACUGCUGUUGAGACUGCUACUGUCGAGACUAGUGCUGCCGAAACCAUUGCCACCCAGACCACUGCUGCCGAUACUACUACUGCCGAUACUACUACUGCCGAUACUACUACUGCCGAUACUACUACUGCCGAUACUACUACUGCCGAUACUACUACUGUCGAGACCACUACUGAGGCUACUUCCACUGAGAUUGAGACAUCGGCCACCCAGACUACCACCGAGACUGCUGCUCCUACUGCCGACCAAUCUUGUGACAACGGUGGCAUGGACUAUGCUAUCUACACCCACCAGUUCUACAACUCUGACCCUCCCCGCUUCACAUCUUUCGACGCCACCUACUUCCACGAUGCCACCCCUACCUACCAAGGCAUCACCGAACGUAUCGGUAUCCAGCCCAACACUGACUGGACUAAGCCUUUCAAAAUCUACGAGGACAGCCCCAGCCAGAUGUACCAAUACAAGGCCGUCAACCACCGCGGUUUCCUCUACGCUCCCGAGUCCGGUACUUACAAGGUUACCGUCCCCAACUCUGACGAGAUCACACUUGUCUGGUUCGGUGACAAGGCUAUCAACUCGUGGACACGUGGAAACGCCGAUCUCGAGCAGGAUUACCCUGGUGGCACUUCCCGAUCUUUCAACAUUGAUCUUGAGGCUGGCACUUACACUCCCUUCCGUCUUCUGUGGGCCAAUGCUCAGGGUGAGCUGAACUUUAUCGCUGAGGUCCAGGCUCCUGGCGGCAAGAUUAUCGUUAACGGUGACGGUGCUGAUAACAAGUACCUCGUCCGUUUUUCUUGUGACGGAACCACCCCAACUUGGCCUGACUUUUAUUAA